AAACAUGGCGACUGUCAAAUAAAACGUUUGCUUUGCACAUCUCUAAACGUUAGCGACAAAAAAAAAAUAAAAACCAGCAUUUUUCUUCUGUCGAAAAUAAAUAGAAUUGAAUUAAAUAAGCAAAAAUGGAUGUACGGCCAAAUCAAACAAUUUACAUAAACAAUCUGAACGAGAAGAUUAAGAAGGAGGAGCUAAAGAAAUCGCUCUAUGCGAUUUUCUCACAAUUUGGUCAAAUUCUUGAUAUUGUGGCAUUGACAACAUUGAAAAUGCGUGGACAGGCAUUUGUUAUAUUUAAGGAAAUUGGCAGUGCAUCGAAUGCAUUGCGCACAAUGCAGGGAUUCCCAUUCUAUGAUAAACCCAUGCGCAUUGGUUACUCCAAAACCGAUUCCGAUAUUGUGGCCAAAUUGAAGGGCACCUACAAGGAGCGACCCAAGAAGGUGAAACCGCCAAAACCGGCACCGGGAGUCGAUGACAAAAAGGACAAGAAGAAGAAGCCAACGAGCGCAGAGAACUCGAAUCCAAAUACACAAACUGAGCAGCCACCAAAUCAAAUUCUCUUCCUUACCAAUUUACCGGAGGAGACCAAUGAAAUGAUGCUAUCCAUGUUGUUCAAUCAAUUCCCCGGAUUUAAAGAGGUGCGUCUGGUGCCAAAUCGUCAUGAUAUCGCCUUUGUGGAGUUCACCACCGAACUGCAGAGCAAUGCCGCCAAAGAAGCGCUCCAAGGAUUCAAAAUAACCCCAACGCAUGCGAUGAAAAUUACUUUUGCCAAAAAGUAAAGCAACAACACAUUUAAUUCAUUAAAAUAUAUAUGCUUUAUAUAUAUAUAUAUAUAUAAAUGUCACGCUGUCUGUGCGUAUCAAGAUUUUUGUAUUGCUGAAACAGAUUUAGAUUUGCUUAAACCAAAUCUGAAUCUGUUUCAGUAAUUCCCCAAUUGAAUGCACAGCAGACACUCUUUUUUUUAAACAAAUACUAAUUUACACUUAAUUAGAAUAAAUAAAACUGAUGUACAAUCUGA